CACUAAGAAGUCUAAAAUUAAAUCAGCAUUACCUCACCAUCAUCAUCGACAUCGAAUCGACAAACCCCAGAAGGGGAACUGAAGAAAGGACGACUCGAUUGAAGAAAGAUUAUAGUAGUAGUAGCAGUGUCAAUUUACCAUGGCAAAGCCACUGGGUUCUACUGGAGAGUUCUUCAGGAGAAGGGAUGAAUGGAGGAAGCAUCCGAUGCUGACUAACCAGUUCCGCCAUGCCACUCCUGGCCUCGGCAUCGCUCUCGUGGCCUUCGGGAUUUACCUCGUCGGCGAAGCUGCUUACAACAAGAUCUACGCCCCUUCUCAUUCUCACUCUCACGCCUCAUCCUCUGCUGCCGGUUCUCAUUCUCACUGAGAAUAGUCAGUGUGAGAGAUUGUUUAGCUUUGAAUCUUGCGCGUGCAGGUGAUGCUUGAUGAAAGGCAGCGGCAUUCAGUAUUCAUUAUGUUUGUUUUGAACUGAACUUUCUGUCGUCAACAAUAAUUGUAUCAAGUGUUACUGUAUUGCAACUUUAUGCUUAUAACAACUUUGAUUCUGGUUUUUGUAACAUUUGUCUGUUAUAAUGCCUUUAUUUUCUAG